AAUUACAAAUUAUCUUUCUCAUACAAUUUUAAGCAAGUAGGGUACCAUUUAGUCUGGAUAUCAUCACUGAUUAAUUAUAGAAUACUGCUGGAGGGAAUUAUUACAUAUCACAAUAUAAACAUCUUGUACUAUUCCAUAACAAACAUGCAUCACCUUUCAUAACCACGGCUCAUAAGGUCACUGGUAUAAAUCCGUCAACCCGUGUAUUGGCCAGUGCAUUUCGAGUCUGGCAAAAAUGUAAACACUACUUAUAAGGUGAAUGAACUUUAAAUGAAAAAAAAAAUGAACAGUAGCCACUUGACCUUUAUAAUUCUGCUUCUCCUCUCAGUGGUGUGUGUGUGUUUAUCUCAGACCUGUGCGAUACCCUUGUGGACAAACGGAUGUAGUGUUCCUCUCCACCUGCCGUUCUUCUAUAAGGAUAAAUUUACAACUUCCUGUAAUCAUCACGAUGUGUGCUACCACUGUGGUUACACCUAUGGAAUACCAAGAGAGACGUGUGAUAUCAAUUUUCUUCGGAAAAUGCUACGUCAGUGUAAUGUAUCAAAUAGAAAACGUUUGUGCAAGUACUUUGCAAAGCUGGACUACAACGUUGUACGAAACAUGGCGGUGUCCCACUACAGCAGGGAGUACAGACCACAGUGCUUACACCCUCUAGCUUUGCCUUGCUUAGAGUAACAAACCUUAGGAGUGAAAGCUGUAAAUAGAAAAUUAUAUUUUAAAGCAGGAGGCUUGACGCAUUUGAUUAUUUAUACAGACAUGUUUUUAGCAAUAUU